AUGACUUCUCAAAAGAUUGAGUUAAUGAGGAGAAGUAUCCUGUCUCAAAAUGUUGUGAGUUUGAGAACUGAAAGAGUUUCGGAUUUUCCAAAAUUUUGCACAAUUCUUAAAAGCAUGAAUCAAUUGAGGAGAGUUGAAAUUUGUGGUCAUCACUUGAAAGGAGCAACAAUUAAACCAUUGACCAUGUUGAAACAAGUUACAGAUCUUGUACUAAAUGAGAAUGGAAUUAGUGAACUGGGUGUGAUUUACAUUUCUGGAAUGAUUCAAUUAAAAUCUCUCGAUAUUAGGAAUAAUGAAAUUAAUGUUGAGAGUGCCAAAUAUAUCACUCAACUGCGUAAACUACAAUCUUUGAGUGUUUCAGUUCGUAACAAUGAAGUUCUGACAUUAAUAGGUGGAAUGAAAAAUUUGACUCGAUUGAGGAUUGAUAGAAAUAACAUAGGACAUGAUGGAGCCAAAAUAAUCAGUAGAAUGAAGCAAUUGACCAGUCUGCAUAUUUCCAAUAAUUCACUGCUAUCUGAAGGAGCAAAAUUGAUAAGUAGUAUGAAGAAACUAACCGAAUUGGUCAUUACCAACAAUAAUAUUGGAAUAAUGGGAACCUUUUAUAUUAGUGAGCUGAAAGAAUUAACCAAACUUUGUAUUGGUUUUAAUUGUAUUGGAGAUGAAGGAGCCAAACAUAUUAGUGGGUUGAAAAAGUUGGUUGACCUUAAUGUCACUUGGAAUGAGAUUGGCCUUGCUGGUGCCAAGUCAAUUGGAGAAUUGAGAAAUUUAACUCAUCUUUCUGCGGGUGAGAAUGAUAUUCCAGCAGAAGGAGCUAAAGCAAUAAGUCAAUUAAGGAAUUUGACCUAUCUUGAUAUUGUAGGCAAUCCAAUAGGUGAUGAAGGAGGUUUAGCAAUUAGUGAAUUGACAAAAUUGACUACACUCUUCAUUGGCGUCUAUUCCUUGAGUAAUUGCUCAAUUGACCAACUCAAGAAAAUGAAGCAGUUAAGAGUAUCAGAUCUUCUUGAUGAUUAG